ACCAGUAUUGAAGUGUCUUGGAGAGUCAUCAAUUCUUGGUAAGCAUUUUUAUCUGAUGGAGGAGGGAGUCCUGUCUCUUCGAUGGAAUAACCAUCGUUCAACAUUUUUCCAUGUUUUGUCAUCACUCCAUCGCAAGGGCUGAAGCUCAUCAACCCCCAUCGUACACUUCCCUUCUAAUCAGAUUUUACAUCUGUCAAAUUCAGCCUUGCAAACUCUUCUUGUGGGAAUAGACCUUACCGAGUUAUAAGAUUUUGAAGCUGUUGAUUACUGGUCAUCCUAUGAAUGCACAGAUAUUGAAGAGUUGUACAGUGAUGUAACAAUUGCUUGUAGUGGCAGAUUCUUUCCAGUUCAUAAAUUGGUGCUUUCGGUGUGUAGUGAAUACUUUGAAGACAUUUUUAAACAAACCACGUGCAAACAUCCAAUUGUUGUCUUAAAAGAUAUUUUGCAUGAUGAUAUGGAGGCACUCUUGAACUAUAUGUAUGCUGGAGAAGCCAAUGUUGCCCAGAAUGAUUUAGCCAGAUUAAUAAAAGCAGCAGAGUGUCUUAGAAUCAAAGGGCUAGCUGUUCCUGAUGAAGCACCAGUUGUAAAUGAAGGUAAAAGGUGCCACAGUGAUGUGAGUGAUGGAGCUCCUCACACAAAAAGGAGACGGGAGGAGAACAGUGCACAGUUGCCAAAGAAUGCAAAUCAUAAUCGCAUGGACAGCAUAACCAAUACUCAGAAUCCUCUAGAAUUCACACACAAAGUAAGCUCAGAAGUACAACAUACAGAUCUGCAUAAUAUACUUCCAGCAGAAUACAGUAGACUUAGUGAAGUUUCUGCUUCUUUACAAGAAGUUAAUGGAACAUCAAAUGUAACUGAGGCUGUUUUAGAUAAGCAGCCUUUGAUAAAAGAAGAAGUACCUGAGCCAAAGGUUGAACAAGAAGAUGAAAUAACGCAUGUGACAGAAACAGAAGGGAGUCCUACAUUUUCUUCAAGUUCUUGUGACAAACGACAACAAGAAGUUAGUGUUGACUUAUUUGACCCGCAACUUUUGUCAGCAUCACAUCCUCAGAAUGUUGUUCAAGAUAUAUUGGUUCAGGGGAUUGCGGGUCCCUCUACUGUUGCAGUUGAAUCUUUGCCAGGCUGGGACUCAAGUGGUAAUGUCUCAGGAUUUUCAUUAGAAAAUUUCGCGUCGGAAGAUUCUAGGUCACAAAGCUCGGAUGUGCGAAGCAGUUAUAGACAAGACACAUUUGGGAGUAACUGUGGCAUUGGAUCUUCAAGUAGAGUGCCUUGUCCAAGAGGGACAGCAGUUGAAGGGGGAAUGCACCCUUGCUUUAUGUGUCAGAAACGCUUCACCAGUCGCCAAGAUCUCAAACGCCAUAUACGCACACAUACUGGGGAGAGACCUUACCAGUGUCCUUUAUGUCAUCACCGUGCAGCAUUGAAAGGCAACAUUAAGAAGCACAUUUUAUCAGUUCACAGAGAUGUUACUCAUACUUCUGCAGAAGCUGUAACAGUCCUGGAUAUUGAGGCCUUCGAGUCAACAGAAAGUACAGUAAAUUUUUCAGGUCUUGAAACACAGCAGAAUACCUCUUUAGCGUCGGAAUCUUUUUCAUCAUACUAGUUGAUGUCAUUCAGGUUAGUACAUUGUUAGAGAAAUAUUCUAAAUGAUGUGUGAGGUUACUGAAAUUACAAAAUUAUGUGCAAAAAGGUGUGUGGAACACUGUCACCAUAAAAAGGUAUAUAUGAGGCCGUCACUCGAACAGCUGUCUAUCUGCACAAAACAGAAAUUGGAGAAAAAUGCUAUUGAAAUUGUGCAAUGUUGACAUUAUCAUAUUUCCAUUAAUAUUUAUGCUAUGACAUCAUUCUUUUUUCAAAAUGAAGCUAAAAGCAUGCUCUUUACAAAUAUGUGGGUAAAUAUUAUCUGUCUAUCCAAAUUGUACCUCAAACAACACCAUAACUGCAAAAAACUGAAGUCUAAGAAACAUACAAUAAUAGUUUGUCCACAUUGGAAUGACAAUAUAUUGCUCAUUUAUCAUUCUAGUUACUCUCACUCUCCCUAGAUUAUGAAUGCGAAAAACAUUUUUUUUUACAAUUUCUAAACACUAGUAUAUAGAAGAAGAGUUGCUGAAUUCGAAAGUAAGUAAAACUGAAAAUCCGAAAAUUUGCAGAUAGACAGUUGUUUGAGUGACGGCCUCAUAUGUUUGUUUUUUUCCCCUCCAAAUAGAGGCCAGUGGGAUGGGCAGCCCAGUGUCAUUAUCUCAUGUAGGCUUGAAGCAAACAAGAAUAAUGAACUGAUGGGAAAAGCAUGGGACUGAACCCUUAAGGAUGAGAUAGACUUGCCUCUUGAAAGAUGGAUGCAUUUAAGUCUCAGAAAUUUGAAGCAGGAAGAUUAUUCAGAGCUUGGCAUCAGUGGUAAUGAACUUGCUUAACAGUGCAGUCUGUAGAUUACUUAUUUUUGCAGACCGAAUAUGGAAUUGAUGACACAGUGGGUAUAAUCAGGCUGCCAGAGAAGUUAUUAUUGUUAUUAUAGAUUUAUUUAAUGAGACCACCAAGUCACAUUUCUUGACUUGUGAGACUGGCUGAAAAGACAUGUUCUUAGUGUGAUCAAAAUAAAAUCCAAUAGUAAAAGGUAUGUAAAUCUAUAAAUCCUGAGAAUAGAUAGAAUAAAUAGUAAAUUACAAAAUACCUUACAAAAGGAUUCCCUAUUCUCACCCAAAUGGUAAAGUAAUCCCCCAAAAACUGCAUAGUCAUACCCCCAUUUUCACUUUUCCCAUACUUCCAUCCCAAGAAAGUUAUAAAUAUUUUUUAUUUAAUUCCCUUUCGGUUUUUGUUAUAUUUAUAUAGUUUAAUGUUACUGAUGUAGGUAAAUAAAGGCAGACUGGAAACCAUAGUACAAACAAUAAAGUAAAACAGUUGAAAGACAGUGACCAAAAACAUAUCUUCAUUGCCAUCUGGUAUGUUUUAAGGGAUUUUCUAUUGCACAACACUUUUUUGCAUAAAAAUAGACGGUCAUUCAUGGUACAUUACAGUUAGUAAAAUACUUUCAAUGCAUUUAUUUAAUUCAUGGUAUGGUAAAAAUGUUAUCUACUUAUUAUCUCUCCAGGCAGUGUACUUGUCAAAGUUGUCAUGGAGCCACUCAUUAUUGUGAACAUUGAAGUCUCCAAAAUUGUAACCAAAAACUAGGUGAAAAUUCAGGAAGAUUCAUGUUAAGAGGUAGUGUUGAAUAAUGAAACAAAGUUUGUAAAAGUUGGUGAACAUUAACAAAAGUAGAAAAUAGUAGCUGAAAUUGUAUACAAAUUUUUAAACAGGUGGCAUUAUUUAGAGGAGAUCAAAGAUUCAUCAGUUUGUUAAUAUGUAUGUUGAUGGUAUUAUAAGCUCAAACCCACUUAUGAGACAUAAAUGUGAGUAAAAUAUGUAGUAAGCAGUAGAGAAAAGGGCAGGAGAAACAUCACUGAACAGAUGUUUUUGAAGAUGAAAAGAAUGUAGGCAUUAGAUGCUAAGCGAUGUUCUACAGAGGGAUAUUAAAAUUCUGACCUUGAGUGAUACAUUUGAUGUCAUCAGAUGUAUAGGGGAAGAUGAGGGUUAGUAAAGAAUUUUCUAGACUUCAGUGUAAGUGUAGGCAUAGAAAAGAGGUCCGUGUGUAGAGAAGGAAACAUCUUCAGACUGUUCCACUGAGUCUUAGGAGAUAAAAGUCUCAAGGUAAUAUCUCAAUGAAUCGUUAGUGCUUUGAACACCUAAUAAAUUAAAAGGUGAAUUAUUGGUAUGCUUGUUAUGUAAUUAUACGAUUUAGUUUGACGAUUGGUUAACAAAGAGGAUUUGGAAUUGUUUAGACUAUGUGAGGUUGUUUUGUUUGAAGAACUAUUUCAAUGUUAAUAUUUUAAAUUUGGAUUUGUAAAGCUUUCCACUUACUGUACAUCAUUAAUGCCUUGUGUGCAGUAUCAAACUUUUUCUGUUAUUCUUGAAAACAUCUUUUACUUUGGCCAUGGUUAAAAAAAUGUUAAUAUAGAUACCAAAGGUACUUAGUGGUAUGCAGAUUAAGUUCAAGUCUAUGAAAGGUUCAAAGAAAGUCACUCAUAAUUGGUAAUAAACUUACAUUCUGACCCUUAUUAGGAGGUUGUACAUAAUUUCAAAAGAGAUUUCUUGUUUUUGUUGUUAAACAAUGUGAUGUUUUUGUAAUAUGUCUAGUCAAAGAACUCAAAUAUACAUUUACAGUUUUCUU